AUGGUCGAGAUAUCUGAAAGGCCCGAAGACCAUAAACAAUUGUCUGUGAUUGCCAUAUCUCGUGGGAUUAGCAAUGAAUCAGAGAACCAGUGUGACUUGACAAAGCUGACACGCGAUGACUACACUGUCGGAUGGAUUUGUGCAUUGUUUGAAGAGCAGACUGCUGCGACUGCUAUGUUAGACCAGGAGCAUCCCGAUCUACCUAUGCCGCCUGAUGAUCCGAAUACGUACACACUUGGGUCUAUCGGGGAGCACAACAUCGUCAUAGCCUGUCUACCAGCAGGAAGAACGGGUAGUACCGCAGCGGCCACUUGCGCGACCCAGAUGGCGCGCACCUUUCCAUCGAUCAAGAUCGGCCUGAUGGUAGGCAUUGGUGGUGGCAUCCCUUCUAAAGUCAAACUCGGAGAUGUCGUGAUCAGCAGCCCUGGGGACGAGUAUCCAGGAGUGGUUCAAUGGGAUUUUGGCAAGGCAGAAGAUAGCAGGAAAUUCAGGCGUACCGGUGCUUUGAACAGACCCCCAAGCAUACUUCUGACAGCUAUGAGCAAAUUGAGAGCCAGGAACAGGCUCAAGGGAAAUAGUCUUCUACCCCAAUAUCUAGAAGAGAUGGGCAAAAGAUGGCCAGACCUAGUGCCCGAGUACAGCGAACCGCCUUCUUCAGAGCUACCUGGUGAUCAGGACGAAGUGUAUAUGUCACGAUCCAUCUUUUCUGCCAUAUGGGAUAUGAUACUGACGCUUCUGGGCUAUCUCUUGGGAUGGCAAACCUUAGCACCCGCCGACCGUGGUGGCGAGCUGGUCCGGUUAAAUUGGGCCCUAAAGCAACAGGGAGCCCCUGACGUGCAUUGCGGUCUGAUAGCCUCCGGCAGCCAAGUCAUUAAAGAUGCCAAACUUCGUGACAGUAUCGAUAAGAACCUCGGCGGAAAGGUCUUGUGUGUUGAAAUGGAGGCAGCAGGGUUGAUGAAUGAUUUCCCCUGCAUUGUCAUACGGGGGAUUUGUAAUUAUGCUGAUAAGAGGAAGGACGACGAAUGGCAGCCAUACGCUGCAGCUGUAGCUGCGGCAUGUGCGAAGGCCCUUCUGGAGUAUGUGCAGCCAAUUCCCAUCGCCAGCAGGCGUUCGUCAGCAGAUAUCCUAAGCCAAGGUUCGGUUUAA